AUGAUUUCUCGCAGAGAACUAGGAGUUGGAUGGGUGUUUGGGAUGGUUAGCGUGCUUAUCACCGUGUGGCAUGCUCGUAUCCAACUGCAACCAGCACAGCAUGAUCAAUUGAUAGAAUACACUUAUGCUGACGACGAUUACCCAUGGGAAUUUCCUCUCGACCUCGCGCAUGAAGCCGUCGCAAUGACUCUUCACGAGAGUGUGCAUUUUUCACUCAAUGAAUCAGACGCGGAGGCUCGUGUGGAAUGGAGGAACCUCCCGACGUGGCCAAAAGGCUUUGGUCGCAUGCGUCUAGGACCACAGCACCGAGUUUUCGUGAUGGUUUUCCAGCAUCAGAACCACUGUCUAUGGAAACUCGAGCUAGGUCUCCUCGGCAGUACCGAUCCUGAAGCCUCAUUCCAUCACAUAAACCACUGUUUCAAUUAUCUUCGACAGACUUUGAUGUGUGAGGCCGCAUAUACACUGGAGAUGGGAGACUUUAUGAGCGUUGACUAUGAGAAGGACAGAGUGGGAGACACAUUGGUGUGCAGAGACUGGGAAAAAGUAUAUUCUGCCCUCGAUGAGAGUCAUGAAAAGUGGGUGGAGUGGAGGGCGCAUUGGGACUAACUAAACCGAUACACCAUUUUCCGUAUUAUACAAUAUUCCUCUGAGC